AUGACACUCAGGUGGGGUAUUGUGACAGCUGGAAGGAUCAGCCAUGAUUUUGUCAACGCCUUCAACUCGUAUCCUAACAAGGACAACCAGGAGAUAGUGGCAGUGGCUGCUAGGAAUAAGAACAGAGCCAGGGAAUUUUCGAAAACACACAAAAUUCCAAAAGUUUUCGAUUCUUACGAGGAUAUGGCUAAGAGCAAGGAUAUUGAUGUCGCCUACAUCGGUUCACUGAAUUCAGAACACUAUGAACUGUCAAUGCUGUUCCUCCAACAUGGCAAGCACGUGCUCUGUGAGAAACCAUUCUGUCUGAAUGCCAAACAAACGCGCAGUGUUAUCAACUUUGCGAGGAAAAACAACCUGUUUGUGAUGGAAGCUGUAUGGACCCGAUUCUCUCCAGCAUAUGCAGACUUAGAGAGGGACAUCCAGAAUGGAAAACUUGGCGAUGUCUUGUUCAUUGAAGCUGAUUUUGGAAUUGUCAGCCCAAACGAUAGGAGUACACAUAUAAAAGAAUUCGGAGGAGGCGCUAUGUUGGAUGUUGGCGUGUAUGUACUCCAACUGCCACAGUUUGUAUGGAAGGAAGAACCAAAGAAGGUGACAACAGUCGGUAGCCUCUACGACUCCGGAGUGGAUUUAACAGAGACUAUCAUCCUAGAAUAUGAAGGUGGCAGGCGAGCUGUGCUCAAUAUUCAUACUCAACUGGAGAUGUGGAAUAAAGCAACUAUUUACGGCACAAAGGGACAUGUUACGUUGGAGCAGCCCUUCCAUUUUCCUCACAAAGUGAUUGAUAAAGAUGGCAAAAUUAAGAAUUAUGAAUUACAUUCUUCGAACCUACCGUACAACUUCACAAAUAGUCCCGGAUUGGUCUACCAGGCUCUUGAAGUUGCGAGAUGCAUUAGAACAGGACUUAUCGAAUCUCCUCGUAUGACACAUCAGGAAAGCAUCAACUUAGCAGUCCUUGAAGACACUGUGCGAAAACAAUUGGGCGUCCACUUCGAGGCUGAUGACAAGGAUUACCCCUGA